AUGCCAGCACCGUCGCUGGCCUGCUUGGAAGCGCAGCUGUCCAUGGAGAAUGACAUGCUACGUUCGGUGACGUCGGCGAUGCGCUUGGCCGCAAGCCUUGACGUCCUUUCUCCUGGCGAUUCUCUUUGCUCCAUGCCAGGCACUGAAGCGGACUCAAUCGGACAAACAGGUUGGCAUCCAGUCUUAUCUGCAAGAUUGAUGGUUGAGCACAGUUUAGCCCAAGGCCACGUAGCCUUUGGCCUUUGGCCGUCGGCGCAGCUUUUUCUCUAUGCAAGAGCUUUCAGCCUGGCUCCUUCACGUGGAGUCCAAAAAAGGAGGCAAUUUGCACAGCAGUGGCACAUAAGGUCAUGGCAAGGGGAGUCGGCGAGCGAUCCAAAGCCUCAGGCUACAGAUAAACAAGCACAGCGGUGA